CGGUUUUACCAGGUAUUUACGACAAAAUGAGCGAGUCGUAGCUUGAAGGCGCUUCCUCCACAUAACUGGGGAUCCAGGGGGAGUGUGGAGAGGGGGGGGGGGACAGGACCACAACCUGGGCACCACCCAGAAAGAGGAGGAGCGAGGGAGCAGCUGAGGAGGGAGGAUCAUCCAAUCGUUGGUAGCCAGUGAGUCCAGCCCUUCAGAUGAAGAGCCUUCAGUUCCGGAGCAUCGCCCCCAAGGCCCCGGCCGUGGUGCCCUCCCCCUCCCCUGCGGUCCUGUCCUGCCAGCCUCCCUCUGCCCUCCCUGAGGCUACCACCGCCUCCAGCCCCAAGUCCAUCAUUGUGCCCACCCAAAACUAUGCUCUGAUGCAAAUAGCGGGUCAGGAUGGCACGUUCUCUCUGGUGGCACUGCCCCCUUCUGUGGCCUCUCAGACACCACAGCAACAACAGCAACACGCCCAAAAGAACCUCAAGUUGCCCAUUCCCAGAUACCAGUCAGGGAGGAGCAAGGGGAUGACAGAUAAGGUCAAGUCACCACAACUCCCUGCUAGGGUGAAAACAGCCUCCAAGGUUGCUGUGACAGCGCAAACCAGGUCAGCUGUUGGUGUGGCAUCAACCGUGAUGAAGAAAAAACAACAACAGGAGAGCAUGAACACAAAGGAAACCGUAGUGCCCAAAGAGGAGCCUUCAGAGCAGGUAAUUCUGAUUGACUCAGCCUCCUCUGACAUCUCUGUCACUGCUCUACUCCCAGACAAUGCUGUCCUGUACCCAGGUUCUCAGUUAGAGCGAGCACAAGAGGGCUCUGAAAGACCUACUACAACUAGUCUUAUUCAGAGUCUCCAGUACCCCCCUGCUGCUGUCAAAGGCUCCCCAGGCAAAUCUCAGGAGGAAAGUAAGACUACGCUGAGGCUGUGCCAAUCUAAGUCAGCUGCAGCCCAGCCCCAGAGCAGUAUCACUGUCCUGUCCUCGGCCAUCUUUAGCAAAGCAGUCCAGAUUAUCCCCUCCCCACCAAAAGGUAAAUUGCCCAUUCUUCCCUACUCUAAAAUGAAGAGCACCCUCAUCCCAGCUGCCAAGAUCAGCAAUUUGUCCCCAGAGAAGAAGGGUUUAUCUUGCCCGACUGGACUCACCAGCCCCUUAGAUCCUACAUCCAAGACCCUUGAGACAGCUGACGCCUUGGGUCAUAAGCAGGUGCCAAAAUCCACUCUACAGCCUCAGGCCAAGACCACACUCAUGCCCGUGUUGGGAACUCUCCAGAAACCACCUGGCAAGAAGAGGGGGAGGAAGAGAAAGACCAUGGAAGACAUCUUGGCAUUUGAGGCCAGAAAGAAGAGGUCUUUGUCUUUCUUCCGUAGAAGGGUCCCAGAGAAACCACCAGCAGUUGUGCCAGGCUCCAAACAAAAGGAAGUUGACAUUUCAAAGAAGUACCGCAGCAUCCGACCCAAGCCAAUGUUGGUUAUGGAGACAGUUCCCCAACUGGUUAGUUUGCCUGCCAUUACCCCCGAUAGCCAAGAACAGGAGCUUGUUCUUGGUCAUCAGCUCCCCACCACUACCACAACCAAGGCCCUGGACUGUCCUCCCCAACCAGCCCCAGUAACCCUCCACCUGAGAGGUGCCUCCCAUUCACGAGUGUUCAUCGGCAGCCGUCCGCUCCAUCGUUGCCCUACCUGCAGCCGCUGUUUUCAAUUCAAGCAUCACCUCCAGAGCCACAUGAACAGCCACACUAACAGUCGGCCCUACAUCUGCCCAGUCUGCCGCAAAGCGUACGCUCACUCUGGCAGCCUGAGCACCCACAUGAAGCUUCACCAUUCUGAGGUACGCCCACGUCGGUCUCUGAGCUGCGAGUUCUGUGAGAAAGCGUUUGGAUAUGUGGGGGUUUACUUUAGUCAUUUGAGAGAGGUCCACAAGGUGGUGCUGACCGUGGAGCCGUCCAUCAGCCAACAUGAGGAUGACCUGUCUGUGGAGGGGGCCAACUCUCCAGAGCCGUCAGAUGAGCAGGAUCGCGAGGACCCCGUGGAGCUGCAAAUUAAAUGUGGCCGCUGCCAGGCCAUCACUCCUACCUUUGCUGACAUGAAGAUGCACUUGCUACAUGUGCAUGGGGAGGAGGUCCAGGUUCCACUUCACGAUGGCCAAUCGGUGCGGGUUGGCCGUGAGGCUGAGAAUGAGCUAGUAAAGCAUGCUGCCCACUACUGGCGACAGCUCAACGAGAAGCGCAACCUGGUCAAGUGCGGCAGCUGCGACGAGGAGUUUGUCUCCUUUUCCAAGCUUAAAAGGCAUAUCAUGUCCCACCACCAUGGAAGGGAGGGGGAGGACAGCGAGACCCUCUCAUCACCAGAUAGGAGUGGAAGCCUUGGGGUCCUUGCAGCAGGUGCUGCCUUUAACUGUGUGCUUUGCAGCGCGGUGUUGGACACUAAAGAGGGAGUUAUGGAGCACUGGAGGAGUCACCACCACUGUGAGCAGCCCAGCCUUCUGUGGGAUGCACUGAGCUCCUACUCUGGCCAGGAAGAGGCUGAGGCGGACGGGGACCUGGACACUCCUGCUCCAAGCCCACACUAUCCAGCCUAGCUUUAGAUGGGCAUUGAGCCCUUUAUGGUGACUCCUUCUCACACACACUUAGUCCUAACAAUCAGCAUCACAGGGAUGGGGAGUUUCUCUUAUGUCUUUUAUCACUAGUUUAAUCUCUCACCAGUUGAGUCAUUUGCCUUGGUCCAAAAAGAAAAGAAUAUGGUAAAAGGAUAUCGGGCCAAUGGGGGAAAUUGAUCUUUGUGUUACAAAUCAUAAGUGAUAUUCUCUAAAGGUCAGAGAAUCGAAUUUGCUAGAUAAUAUUAUUUUUCAUGUUAUUUUCAUUGCACUGUUUUGUUUUCGGACAUGUGGUUUGGAGUUAUGUAUUUAAUAUCCUAUUGGAUUCUUUUUUUCUACUGCUUAUUUAAAUCGAGUUAAAAGGGUAAUUUAUGACAUAGCUGACACAGUAAUACUGUCAAAGGGUAAUGUCUCCCAAAUUCUUACCUCCUAUGGUAUCUAGCCAUGCAGAUAAUGUAGUUCUGCUUCAUUCUUUAGACCCAUAGGAAGCUGCUUUAGCACUGGAUAUUUCACUUACGCUCACAUCAAGUCGUUAUACCAAUAAAGCCUUGCGUGACCAUGUGAUGAUGUGGGGCGUAUGGCCCAGUAUGAAGCCCCUAUGAUAUCAAGCCAUCUGUUCCUUCUAUUUUAAGUAAACUGAUAGCAGGUCAAUUUGGCUUGUCGCUUGUAGCUUAAUAAACUGAGGGUUGCAGCUUAGUCAAACUUCGCUAUCUGUUUUUCUUACGGACAGAUUCAUGCCAAAACUACUGCUAGACAGGUGAAUAGACCGGCUAACUUAAGAUGGGUGUUUUUUGCUUUUUGCUGGGCUCUAAGCUCUCUGCUCUUGGAGUCAUGCAACUUCGGCAGUGAGAAAUCGUUAAGUGGUAGGUGACUGGGGUUAAUUAAUCGGGCAGGGCCUUAGUGGAAAGCUGCUACUGUAUGAUAGCUUUUGUUUGAAUUGUUCGAGGCACACUUGAGGCUGUGGUAGCUUAGGUUGGGUUAGGUAAGGUCUGCCGUAGUUUGUUAGUUGUUACAGCAUUCUCCCGGCUGUGUAUUGAUUCUGUGUGUUACACUUCUAAUCAGUGUUUUUUAAAGGUUCUGCCAUUCCGAAUGUUUUAGAUUGCAGAUGUUUUCGGGUAGUAGCACAGGGGGUCCUUGUUUGUGUCAAUAGACCUCAAGGGUGCCUAUUUUCACAGGCCUAAUGCACCACACCAAAUUCAGAUCCUGAAGUUGCCCUUACUAUGGCAGGUUUAAUAAUUUAAAGUGAUGCCCUUUGGUCCCUCGGGGUCUUAACUUAUGUCGCCUUCAUAUAUGGGUCAAUGGGCUGCACUUGGAUACCAAGUGGAACCUGGAAUGGAACACCAAGGUGUCAAGCUUAUGUUGCUAGACAUUGAGGCCUUGGAGGGGGGGACAUGUGUCCGAUCAAUGUGGUUCCUUUGGAAGUGACCAUUUAAGCUGAGUGGUUGUGGAGACACACACCUCUCAUUGGGCUGCGGCGCUGUGGAAACUUUUUUGUCCCAAGCGGUGCAAAACCCAAGAUGAGGUACCAGAGAGCUGCUCAGUGGCCAUUAUUUGCAUUUCCUGGAGUCAUAGUUUGAUGGUGGUACACAAUCUGGUCAGUUAGUUAUUGCAGGGUGCACAAAGGCAUACCCAGAGCAACUGGGUGAACUCCACGCCCUGUAGGUGAGCCAGAUGUGCAUGCAUUGGUACCAGGGUGGUUCAGGGGUUCCUUUAUUACCGAAUCCAUCCUCCCCACCAAAGAGUGCCUCUCUCACAAGUAAACCAAGCCAUCAAGUUGGCAAUAUUCAGUCCAACAGCUUCAUCUGAGGGGGCAAAGAAGCCAUCAAAGCAUUUGUGCCUGGUUCGGGCACUCAAGGUAUAUGUGGAGGCCUCUGCCAAUUCAUGACGACACACUUUUUGUUUGCUAUGGGGGUUGUAAAACUGGUGAACCUCUGUCAAAACAGAGACUUCCUUAUUAGUUGUGGAUAUGAUUCUACACACUGCCUGUACCAAGUAAUGUGAAGUGCCAAUCUAAUCGGCAUGUGUCCACGUCUUGGGCAGCCUUGAAAGGGGUCUAACAGAAAUGUGUGCUGCUGCAACCUGGCAGUCUUCAUGUAACUUCGCUCACUAUUCGGUGGCUGCUCAUCAUGCUAUGUCAACGGCAAUCCUGUCAGCGGCUUCCAUUCCUAAGUGGGGUUAGCAUUUUUUGUGACCUUGCUGGUAUAAUUCAUACAGUGCUAAAGCACCGCCGUCUGCUGGUCAGGAAGAAUGAAAUAGAACAAGAGCUACAAAUGUAGUGUGUGGGAACAGAUUCCGUAAUGGCGUUAGGGUUUUAUACUGGGCCAUGCGCCCUAGGUCAUCUCAUCAUCACAGGUAACUUUGUUGGUAUGACAACUUGUCCGGAGCAUAUGUGAGUCUGAUGGGGAUCCAGAAUUCAUAGAACCCUUGUUACAUUUAUAAAUCUCGUUUUAUGAGCUCAGUUUUCGAGAUAUCUAUGCUGAGAUUUUUGUCUCUACUCCAAUAAAAAAAUAAAUUUUAUACCUUUAUUUUACAAUAUUGUGGAAACAGUAUCCCUUUCACUCUAUGGAUUAUCCAGAGGAAUCUUUUUUUAAACCACCACAAACAAAAUUAUGUUCACCUCCAUUUCAUAGGGCCUGAGGAAGAAUUCUCAAAGAUCUCCAUGUCCAUGGCUAGAUAGCACUAGAGGAAAGUGAGAAAAUUAUAUAUUUUUUUAAUUUGGGUGGAUUGAUCCUUUUUAAAAAUACUGAGAAAUGUAAAUCUCAUAACAAGGGCACACUGUCUACUGGAACACUGGCUGACAAUUAAUCUAUUGGCCUUGUAUUAUUACAGUUUAAAAUAAAUCAGUAUGUGUACACAAUCCUUUAAUGUAAUAUUGCUCCUAUUACGGAAGAUCAAUAUUUCAGUUAUGACUUGAACUUUCACAGUCCGAUUUAAGGACAGUAUUAGGGUCCUCUGACAACCCGGACCCAUGAAGGAACACUUUCCUAACCAGCACCCAAGUGACAUCCUUGUGGCCUUCUGAAAAAGAGAACUGUGUUCAUACGUAGUGUGGCUUACCGUCAGUAUGGUCCUCUGUAGGCCAAGUUCUAUCUCCUUGACUUGUUGAUUAAUGCCAAUUUGUUUAUUCUGUGAUAUGCCAAGGGUCUUUUCACACUAGUGAUUGUAGAAGUGAGUUUUGCAUUAAGCUUUUUAACCACUGACAGAAUACUUUUUGUUGACUUAGUAAAUACUGUACGCAAAGGAAACCAUCGAAUUGCCUACCUGUUGUUGCCAGCUCAUGUACGCACCUGUGGAAUUGUGUGCACCCAGACUCUAUUAUUAGAGUUAAUAUAAACUGUUGUCAAGUCCAGAAAAUAUGCUAUUUUAUACUCUAGAUUAAUACAGAGGUCUUUUAGUAUAUUUAUGCUUGUUGUUGGUCCUAAAAGAACCAGCACUGAGACUUUUAUUAUGUUUGCUUCUUCUAAGUUGGGGGAUGCUUAAUGUCUUGUUUCUCGAUGGGAGGCCAUUACUACAUGGCAAGUAUCUCUGCUAACAUUUGUCUGUGUUUAUCUUUCAUAUGAAGAAAAAAAACUUCACAGGGUCAAGUGAAUGUACCUGAAUGUUUUCAAAACCCUACCAAAAGUAUAUAUAUAUAUGCUAUAUAGACUUAUUCCAUAGAUAGAUUAUAUAGAUAUAUUGAGAAAAAAUACAUAUAUAUAUUUACAUAGAGUAACUAGUGAAUCAGCUGCUGUGUUCUGUCAUAGUGGAGGACUGAAACAAGAGAUGAAUAUAUCAUUGCCAACACUGGCAACAAAAGCCAUGCAGAGCUGUCCUUAUGUGUCUGACACAAAACGUAGGACUGUGAAUGAAGGGCAAAGCACUGAUGUGUACAUGUCGCACUGAGUGGGUCAUCUACAGUAUAGUGUACUACUGUUUGUUGAAUGCCAUGUUUGAGUGUUCAUCAGUGAACUGUCCUUUGUUUUCAAGCCUUCAACACAAACCAGGAAGUGACAGAAUUAAGGGUCAGACUCUUCUCUCCUCAGUUAGAUGAGCAACAUACAUGACUGUCACUGUCAGCACAAGUCGGAAAGUGAAAAAUCCCACAUUAGGUGAUGUGAUGUGUUUGACUCACUUUAUAUGUUGAUUGUGUCCCAAAAAAAAAAAAGACUGAAAGUGUUUGUGUUUGUGACUGUUUGUGUUCCUGAAGAACCUGAUGUUUAUGAGAAUAAAGUUAUGCUUUGUUGAG